AUGCUGAAAAUGUGGUGGCAAGAGCAGCUCAUGUUGGUCGAAGAAGAGAUGUGUUGGAUCUUAUGCUUUUUCGACUACCACGAAGAGUUAUGGAGGAGUCAAGUAACAUUGGGGGGGGGGGGAAUAGCUGGGAUCUCGGCCUAUGCACGCAAGCGGCCCGGUAUUUGUGGCUUCAACACAAUGGCUUUGUGGAGUUUUCAAAAAGGAUUCAUGUGA